AUGUCGCAGCCCUCGACCCUCGCGGGGUCCGCAUCGCUCAAGCAACACAGUCCCGACGACGAGAAAAACGACUUGGACCACCCAUCUCCUAUAGGCAAUGAAGCAGAUUCAAAUCAAGAAGCACCAGCAGCUCUCAGUCCAUUGCAUCCAAGCCAGUUCCCCGACGGCGGCAAACAAGCCUAUCUUUGCCUUCUCGGCGGCUUCUGCUGUCUCUUCUGCUCAUUCGGGUGGCUCAACUGCCUGGGAGUGUUCCAAAACUAUUACCAACGCCACCAGCUUUCCGCAUACUCGGCUUCUACGAUAGCGUGGAUCCCGUCGGUGCAGAUAUUCGUCUUCUUCAUACCAGGGCCGGUGGUCGGGUGGUUCAAUGACAACCAUGGGCCCAAGUACUUGCUGCUAGUGGGCACAGUGAUGCAUGUGCUGGGACUGAUGAUGACGAGUUUGUGUGAGGAGUAUUGGCAGUUCAUGCUGGCGCAGGGGGUGUGUUCGCCGUUGGGGUUGAAUUGUAUAUUCCAGGCUGGGACCAGCACGAUACCGACAUGGUUCCUCAAGAGGCGCGGACUAGCCUACGGAGUCAUGGCAGCAGGCAGCGGACUAGGCGGCGUGAUAUUUCCCAUCAUGGCGUCCCACCUCAUCCCCUCGGUUGGCUUUGGGUGGACGAUGCGCAUCAUCGCAUUUACCAUCCUCGCGCUGAUGAUGGUCGCCUGCGUAACGGUCACAUCUCGUCUCCCUCCCAAGCCGCGCUCCCUUACGCUGCAAGUUCUCCUCGAGCCCUUCAAAGACACGCGCUUCAACCUGCUCACAUUGGCCGCAUUCCUCUUCUUCUUCGGGCUCUUCGUACCGAUAAAUUUCAUCGAAGUCCAGGCGCUCAACUCCGGCAUGAGUGCGAGGCUUGCAGGCUAUCUCCUCUCCGUUCUUAAUGCUUGCAGACAAAGCAUCUUCGGCCGCAUCAUUCCCGGCUUCCUUGCCGACAGGCUGGGUAGAUUCAACAUGCAAGUCCUCUUCUGCACCAUCGCGGGUAUCGUCGUGCUUGCACUGGGUAUUCCCGCGGCCAGCAACGCCGCGUUUAUCAUUUUCGCCGCGCUCUACGGUUUUGCAUCAGGCGCGUUUGUCUCACUACUACCCGCGCAGAUUGCACAUAUUUCGCCCGUGGAGCAGAUUGGCGUACGCGUCGGCGUCACAUUCGCGUGCAUCUCGUUUGCGGGACUGGUCGGGGCUCCAAUCGCGGGGGCUAUUGUUGAUGCAAAUGGUGGGAGGUUUUGGGGAUUGAAUGUCUUCUCAGGGGUCAUGCUGCUGGCCCGGUGCGCUGAUGUUUGGCGUCACAAGGAUGGAUGUCGCAGGGUGGCAGAUGGCAAAGAGAGUUUGAAAGGGUGGAUAAUUGGGGGGAUUGAAGGACCAGAAUACUUCUGA